GUUUGCGAUUGUUGACAUGUGCCCCCUUUCUUCCCCGCCAUGAAACCUCUCAUCGUGCGAGACAAAUAUCAGCUAGACCUUCGACUAGGCAGUGGCUCGUACGGCGAAGUGUAUCAAGGCCAUGACAUCGAAACCGGCGAAGAAGUUGCUCUCAAACUCGAGUACAGCCAAGUUAGUCCUUCGCAGCUCGGAAAUGAGGUCGAAAUUUAUAAAAAGCUGGAUGGCGGACAUGGCAUCCCCCGGGUAUACUGGUACGGCUCCGAAUGCGAGUUCAGAGUGAUGGCAUUUGAGCUCUUGGGGCCAAGUCUGGAGGACCUCUUCAACUACUGCGACCGGAAAUUCUCUCUAAAGACUGUACUGUUGCUCGUGGACCAGCUCAUCCCUCGCUUCCAGCAUAUCCAUUCGAAGGGGUACAUUCACAGAGACAUCAAACCAGACAAUCUGCUUAUGGGUGUCGGCACACAAGGCAACACAGUCUACACGACGGAUAUUGGUCUGGCUAAAGAGAUUGAGGAUCCGGAUAGGCGCACGUACUCAGUGGUCGGCACGCUGCGAUAUGCCAGCAUCAACGCGCACUUAAGGAAAGAGCAGUCCCCUCACGACGAUAUGGAAUCGCUUGGAUAUCAGGGCCUGAAGUGUAAAUCGAAGGACAAGGAGAAGAUCAUAUUACAGAAGAAGCAGCAAGCAGAGGAGUGCGGCCUCUUCGAGGGAGCUUCCAUUGAGUUCAAGAAAUACUUUGAGCUCAUCCGCUCGGGCAAGGAACUCGACUAUGGACGUUUACGACGCCUAUUCCGCGGUUUGUUCUGUCGCCAGCACUUCCAGUAUGACAACGUCUUUGAUUGGACUAUACGAAUGUUCCAGGAGAAGCUGAAAGCAGAGCAGGAGACGUCAGAGGCAGAACAAAAUACGCCGGAAGCAGAACAGGAGACGAACUGAUACUCUCCAACGAAAUU